GUGCCAGAGUGGUUAAUGGGUGUGCCUCGAACUAUAUCAUCUUCUGAUGAUGCUUCUAGCACAUGGCUUCGGUCGCGCAAGUUCGAAUCUUGUCUUCGUCGAUGUUUUUUUUUGUUGUGGUUUUUUUUGGGGGAUGUGUGUGGAUUUUUGGUGUCCACAGCUUGGGAAGGACCCACUGCACUGGGCCUUGGGUAGCCGUACUUCCAACUAGUAUCCUCUCUUCUAGUUGUUAUGUUGUGUUGUGCCGUUGCUGGCCGAACUGAGGACACCAACUUGGACAAGAUAGAACGAUUUUUGGCCAGCUUUGAGUGAGAUGCAUGUGCUUAUUAAGGCUGCAGGAGAGAACGCGACAGGUGGACGGCGUUCUUCUGUUCUCUCAGUGACCUGCAAACGUCUUGGGUAUCUCUAUAAACAUAGUUGCAUUUUAAGC